AUGUGGAAGAGCAAGAACGGCGAAAUCUUGGAGAUUCUGGACAGGCACGAUCGCCUGGGAACCUCACCCGAUCUAGCUGCGCUUCUCAAGAAAUGCGGCGAUUCCAGGGCGCUCGAGAGCGGCAAGCGCGUCCACCUCUCCCUCGCCAAGGCGGGACGCGAUCGAGAAACUCUAGCCGGGAAUCUCCUCGUCCAGAUGUAUGGCAAAUGCGGGAGCCCGGAGGACGCGAGGGCGGCGUUCGAAAGAAUAAAAGAGCCCGAUGCCUAUUCGUGGAAUAUCCUCGUAGAAGCAUAUGCCCUGAAUGGGCAUCUGGAUAUCGCGAAAGAGGUGUUUUCUCACGCGCCCGUUAAGAACGCGGUGUCCUGGAAUGGGAUGUUAAGAGCAUAUUCCCGGGUACGGAAUCUAGAGGAAACGCGUCACCUUUUUGACGAGAUGCCGGAGAGAAACGUGGUGGCGUGGACGUCCAUGUUGACCGCAUAUGCCCAACGAGGGCAUAUUCUCGAAGCUUAUGAAAUCUUUGGAAGAAUGCCGCAGAGAGACUGCGUUGCUUGGAACGCUAUGAUCGCGGCAUAUGCCCAGAAUGGGCAUUCGCUAGAGGCGCUAGUUUUGUUUAGAGCUAUGGCUCUCGAGGGGGAGAGGGCGAACGAAGGCACUUUCUUGGUGGCUCUUGACGCCAUCGCGCAGUUAAGAGCUCUGCGAGAGGGUCGAAUCAUCCACGCCACUGCUCGUGAGAUCGGGUUUGAUUCGAUCGUAGCAGUGGCUAAUGCCAUCGUCGCGAUGUAUGGGAAGUGUGGCAGUGUUGAGUCUGCUCUUGGAGCGUUUGCUAUGAUCGAGCAGAAGGACGUGAUCUCGUGGACUGCUAUGAUCAAUGCGUAUGCUCAAAAUGGGCAUUUGGAAGAAGCUCUUCUAAUGUCGAAGCUUAUGCUCAUCGAUGGCACUCGACCCAAUGAAGUAACGUAUCUUUGCGUGCUUGGAGCUUGCUUGGUGCUUCAGGAUGGAAGAUCACUCCAUCACUGCGUUGACGAGCAGGAUGCGAAUCUAGUGAGUAAGGUUUCUAUCGGUACUGCGCUUAUUACCAUGUAUGGGAAGUUUGGAUGUGUAGAAGACGCCGAGAGAAUCUUUCAUAGUAUUGUCGAUCACAGUGUUGUCUCUUGGACAGCAAUGCUCGCAGUGUAUGUCGCGAAUGGGCAUUUUGAGAUGGCGUUUCUCUUUUUCAAGUUCAUGGAUUUGAACGGAAUUACUCCAAACAAAGUCACUGCUAGCAUUAUGAUCCAAGCCUGUGCCGAUAGACCUUCUUUGUAUGAAGGCUCUUUGAUCCACUCCAGCAUAGACUUUGCGUCUAGCGACGCGAUGGUUGUCACAGCACUGGUCGAUCUCUAUGGCAAAUGCGGGAGAGUCGAAGAAGCCAUGAAGAUCUUCGGCAGUGCCUCUUGCAAGAACGUCCGUUCUUGGACGUCAAUGAGCGAGUGCUUUGCUCGGAAUGGCUGUGGCAAACAAGCCAUUGUUUCAUUCCAAACGAUGGCUUUGGAAGGAAUGGAGCCCGACACGGUGAGCCUGAUCAGCAUUCUCGCUGGAUGCAGCCAUGGAGGCUUGCUUCACGAUGGGUUGCACUAUUUUCUAUCGAUCACUGGAGACUUCCAUUUGACACCGAUUGACGAUCACUAUGCUUGCCUUGUGGAUCUUCUAGGACGAGCUGGAAAGCUGGAACUCGUAGAGAACUUGGUGCAAGGCAUGGAAGUUACAGGAAAUACGAAAGCAUUGCGUAACUUUCAUGGAGUUCGUCAAGUACAUAUGCGAUGA